CCCCUCCGUCGCACGAAUCUCGAGUCGAUCUCGAUAACGUAUCCACGAUCGAUUAUUCUCUUCUCCUCUCGGGGCUCUUCUCGCCUGGCGCGUCUUCGCGGCCGCCUGCAACGUUCGCAGUUGUCGCGCGAUACGAUACGAUAAACCGUGACAAAGUGUUCAACGUGUGUAUAAACGGAAUAUAGAGAACCGUCUGCCGCAUUGUUCGCGAAGAAAACGUUUAAUUGCACGCGUCGGCCGCGCGCGUUACCGCUGCUGACACACGUAAACACCCCGACCGAUCCGUGACUACGCACGGAAAACAUUUCAAUACCGCGGCGAUAACGAAAAACAUCUGUCGCAGAGGACACGAGUCGCGCGGUUUCCAAUACGAUCCGUGUGAUCGAGCGGCAAAGUCAAUUAACCUUAUCUAAUCUCGCGGUUUGAAUCGAAAGGAAUGAAUCAUGGACCACCCGAUAUUAUUACGGGAAUGUCUCGCGCGAACAAUAUAUUAUCGCUUCGCCGAUUUAGCUCGGGAUAACGUUAAACGCGAAUAGAAACGUUACUUGUCGUUUCGGUACGUGAUUAAGUACGAGAGUGCGCGCGCGAGCGAGCGCGAGUAGUUCGAACGGUUCCCGGUGAAAAAAAGUGACAUUUCAAGCGAGCCGGGUGUCUUAAUCAACGGCGUUCGCGCGCGAACCAGUGAUUUGUCGUCCAUAACGUUCGACGGGAAAAACCGCGGAUCGAAAAGAACUCCCCCCGACGGGGAAGAAAAAAUUGGCGCGGCGCGACGCGACGCGACGCGACGCAGGAAUUGCAAGAGAGCACGUGGGCGGUGCUCUCUCGGAGUCUAGUUCUCCUGCGCCGUUCGCCUUCCAGUAUUCGUCUGCCCGUCCGAGGGAGCGAGUGGUACUUCGGCUGGCGAGAGUCGCGGUCGGCGAGAGAGUGCGCGCGCGCGUCCGUCUUCUCGCGUACACACCAGCGCGCGUCUAGCCUCCUUUUUUCCCCUUUUCGUAAUCCGAACGGGGCGACCGACGUCGGCGGCGCCAAGCGAGAAGAGAAGAUGAGGAGAGGGAGGCCGUCGACCCGUUAUAAAUGGAACUAGCAAGACAGCAUUUCUUGAAUCGUUUCUUGUGUUAUUAUUCGCAGCGUGUCGGCGCGCGGGCCCGCAUGUUUUCCCGCGACGCGACCGGAACGCCGCCGCACGACGACAUUUAACCGGCUGCGGCCUGUGGUGUUCAGUUCGGAGAGGUUGCAGGUUGCUGCUGUGGACGGGAGCACGAGCCGGCGUACGUGGAAAGUGAAGUUUUCGAGGGGAUACAAAAAAGAGAAAUCGGACGAGCGAGAAAUCGAGGGACCAGAAAGUGGCGUUUUCAACGACGCGGCGCGACGAACGGGCCGAGUUGUGCGCGACAUCGUCGUCGGCCGAGAAACUUUCGGGCGCGUCAUCGAAGUGCCACGGGAUCCGUCCGCCGGACGGGAAUCGGAAGCGCGGCAAGUGUCCGGGAAGUAUUUAAUGCGCGUCGCGUGUGUCGAACGGCUUCGGACUGCACGGUUGGGAGUCGUUUCGGUUCGCUGUGACGAUACUGCUCGCGCGGAGAUAUCGAUCCCGGAGCGCGCGUUUCGCGACGGGGCCCCGCAACCGUCGUGAAGUGAAUCGCGUUCGAGCGACGUAUCGAAACGGAUCGACGCGUUGUCGCCUUUGGGGAAAAAGGUGGUGGCUCUCGCUCGACAGAGUUUGUCGCGCCAUCGAAGAGCGCGCGUGGAGGGAGCGCAUCGCGGAUUCGCGUACGCCGCGAAGCUGCUGUCCCUACGGUUCGAGGUGAUUAGUGGAAGCGGAACAAGCAACCAACGUUACCGGUGCUACUGGUUGCCUCGCAGUCCGAGCAAAUAGAAGCUCGACGGAGGAGCAAAUAACACAGUCAUCGAUCGUAAUCGACCUUUUUAUCGUCGUUACAAAACCGUUGACUCGCGGCGCGACGCGGUAUGCAUAGGAAGAGGAAGGUGGUACGAAAGUUCCGUCGAGUUUGUUAUCUGCCUGGGUAAAUAUUCGCCUCCGUAGAGAACCGUGCCGACCCGACGUGUUCGUAUUGUGGCGCGCCAGUGUUCGUUUUACCCAUAAACCGUCGCGCGUUCUCUGUUCUCUCGUGUGCGCGUGCGCGAUGUAAAUGCAACAUUAACGUCUUUAAAACGAAAUGAACGCCGCGUAGAGUGAAAACCGCAACGGGAACAGUGUCAAUUGGAGAAUAUAUAAUGUGCAAGCGAGGCUCGGACGACACCUAACAUCCACGUCUGAUGACAAACGUCAACAGAAUCAGGGUGGUCGUCCUCGGCGGCCCCAGAGUCGGGAAGUCAGCCGUGGUCGUGCGGUAUCUAACCAGGCGGUAUAUCGGCGAGUACAGCUCAACCAGCGAUUUCCUGUACCGGCACAGUGUUACCAUCGAUAACGUUAAUACCGAGGUCGAGAUACUGGACACUUCCAGGUGCGAGGAAAAUGGUUGUCUCUACUCUCACAUCCGGUGGGGCGAGGCUUUCGUGGUCGUUUACAGCGUGACGUGUAAGCGAAGCUUCCAGGAAGCCCGUGGACUGCUCAAGCAGCUCGCUGAUUUACGUCUACCAUCCUAUUUCACCGCCCUGUUGCUUGGCAACAAGAGAGAUCUGGAUCAUGCUCGAGAGGUGUGCGUGGACGAGGGCCAGCAGCUGUCCCUGGCCCACGGCUGCCAGUUCUACGAGGUCAGCGCGGCGGAGAGUCCCGCGGGAGCCGCGCUGGCGUUCCAGGCGCUGCUCAGGGAGGCUCGGUCGGUGCAGUUGCUGCGAGCGUUGCCGAUCCGCCGGAAGCUGGGCGUGCACUCCGUCUCGAGGGUGCUCGGCACGAUCUUCGGCAAGAACACCACCAAGGACCGGAAGAAGAGGCCCUCGCUGAGCAUAUGACGCCUCCUGUGCGCCCUCCUCCUCGGAGGACGUGACGAGCCAGACUUGAGGGCCGACGUGGUGGUUCUGAGCAGCAACGUCUACGCGAACCGCUGACGAGAGAGAGAGAGGACGUCGAUCGGGGGCCGCGAUCGGGACGCGGACAGCUUGUUUCCGCGAUCUCCUCUUCGUUCCUCCUCGUCACCGCGACUGGGAAGAGGACGUUGCCGUGUCUCCGUCGUCGGACGAUCCUGGAGGACCGAGGUCCUCGAUAUCCGAUCCGCGGGGAUCUCGGAGGGUCCGCCGAUCGGAGGAGGGUGCAGGAGGGCGCGUUUCUGGCCGAUCGCCGGAGAAUCGGCAGAGGAUUUGCAGAGAGGAUCGGCAGAGUCGAGGGAGCGCAGGAUCUCUGGAAAGCUGGCGGAAGGAUCGGCGACGCGUUGGACGGCCAGGAAACGGCGCUCGGCCGUCUCGGGACGGAUCGACUGGCAUUUGCGUGAGAUCCUAGAGACGUUUCAUUUAGUAUCCGGCUAAGAAACAUUCGUGAGAACACAGUGGAUUGAUCGGGCCGUGUGAAAGACUGUGCCGCGGCCACAGCGUGGAAACGGCUCGGGAAUGCCUCGAGUGAAAUUCGAAGUGGAAACCGAGAGCGCGCAGGACAUGGUUCUCGUUUCGUUAUCCUUCGGCUCGCGGCGCCCGUGUGUCGGUGUGUAAGUACGGUGCCCCCUUUUCUUUUCUCGUUUUCUCGUUUCAGUGUCCGGGCCUGACUCGGCCCGGGCCCCGCUCGGGCCCCGCGCGCAGAGUCCAGACGGUCGGGACCGGGCCGGUGUUCCUGAACGUUUCUAGCUUUAAACGCGUCCGGAAUGGCACGAUCGCGACGGUAGCCUCCGCCUCGGAGGAAUCUCGUUGGCAGCGACAACGUGUCCUUGUUUCUGAUCGUUGUUGGACAGAGCCGGCGAAACCUUGCGGAAGCUUAUUACUCGCUUCGUUACCGUUUACUUCGGGGAGAACUCGGCUGUCUUUGUCUGUUACCUCGUCUUCGAAAGAAUAGAGCGACCCAUUGCUUGUAUCGUCGUCGACGGACCGCUGAUUUCACGCGUACGCGUCGCAAAAGAACGAGGCAAAGUUGAACUGAAAACAGUAGGAAAAUUGAAAGAAAUUAAGAACGUCGACUUCGUCGGCUUUCGAUUCGUUGGAGCGAAGGGAAGAGGCGCCGAAUCUCUUCUCGGCUCCUUUGUUUCGCAUUCGACGCAGACAGUUUUUAUUUUGCGCAACGAUCCGCGGUCUAGUCAUCGUUUUCUUAGGAGGUCGGCACUGUGAAUCUUCGAAGAUGAUUCGUUUGUUUACGACUGGACAGGGAAGUUGAUGUUUCGCCGAGUCUGUGGUUUUUCUCGACGAGAAAGAUGGAUAAUCGGGACUCGGUGUGUCGUCGCUGCGUCUCGAGGCACGUUCGAGAUAUACGAUUACUUCGUCGCGGCAGUGGAAUUCGACCAGCCUCGAAAUUAGGGGACUCCGGGACGCGCGACCGUGUCUUCUGUGCAGGCGUCGAAGUCGCCGGGCUAUCAUCGUCGCGUUCCCGACGAUCGCGGUGUAUUCGUUUCCGAAAAUAAGCGUUCGGCGGCUCGGGUCUCGUUCGUCGAGCAGCUCUCCGCUGCGAACGAGUCCGAUUUCCAGCGGAUUUUUUUACAGGAACGCGAAUCGUUCGUUCGUAGCCGGGGAACAAAUCACGGUUUUUCAAAUCGGUCGGACGGCGCGAUGCGAAACAGACGCGGAAGAAACGUUCGUGCCAUCAGAGGUUCUCUCGUCGACGCGCGGAAACCGGCUCGCCCGAUGCGAGAGGAUCGCCAUCUACGUUUCGCGUGUGAUUUUAUAGGAUUCGCUGGUUCCGAGCUCGUUUCGCGGCCGCGAAACCGGAAACGAGAACUCCUCGCGUCGCCUUCGAAACUAAACCCGACGGUCUUUCAAAUUCCGCAGCCUCCGGCGAGCGAAGGCCGUUCGUCCGCGAGGAAUGCGCCGCGACCGCGAUCUUCUCGCGACGUCUCCUCGAAUGUCCGUGACUCUAUGGUCCGACAGAAGCACCCGGCGUUCUUCUCAUUUACGUUUCAACGGCGCGAUCCGCGAAAACCGAGUCUCGAAGCAUUCGUUAACGCGUUCGCCGCGACGUCUCGUCGGAACACCCUUCUUCGCGCAGCCCUCUGCAACGCGAUCUUUCGAAGUAUCUGCUUGUUCGAGGAAGUUCGCCCGACGAUUUUGGUUGGAGAAAUUGCAAAUCGCGGCGAUACGAUCGAACAAGAAUCGAAAUUAAAAAUAGAUGCCCGUGCAAAAGUCCGCGAUCGAACGAACCUUUCGCUUCGACAAGGUUCCAAUCCGCGACAGCAACGUCCGAAGGAAUUUGUCCAUGAAACAAAUACAUACGUCGAGUCGUUCGGAAAGUAAUUUCGUUCUCCAAAAAGAUGACGUUCCGCGAGACUGUUAAAAAAUGUAUUAUUUUGCCAUUAACCGUUCGACUGCUGAGGAACGCUGUCGCGCUCUUCUUAUUAUGAAAAAAUACGUCAGCAGCCAAACGGUUAAAGAGCGGGGACUGCUACGAGCAGAAAAAGCUCGAAGCUACCAGAAAAUUGUCCAAAAUCUGCGGAACGAUGCAUCGUCGAAUAACAUUUACUCCGAAAAGUCGCGUUUCAUUUUCUCACGAAAGAACGCGAUUACUUUCCGAGCAACUCGGUGGUUUAUUAUCGUUUAUGUCGCGGAUAGAAACGUUCUAUAGACGUCGCUUGCGGCGCGCGAAGCGAGAAGUUUGUCCGACCGGAAAUUUUCGCCGAA